UGAUUUCAUUUAAUUUCAGUUGCUUCAAGUCAUCCAUCAGUCAACCAGAUGGUAAAUCAGAUAUAUCAGCCUGGCAGGACGCCUUUGGGUCCCCCACCAAAUACAGGUCCUCCUUUGAGACCAACACAACCUCUGAUCACCACUAACCAUGAUCCACCACUGGCUCAAAACCUUUUGAGACACUCAACAGGAGUCAACACUGGGUCAUCUGGUGAUCAGUCAACAAUUGAUCAUUAUGAUAGUGUGGAAGGAGGAGGUGAAAUUAUGCAGCCAAUUCAACAAGGUCUCCACACUAGAAGGACACUUGGCUACUCUUAUCCCACCUUACCACCUGGCUACCAAAGCAUGGCUAGCUCUGGAAUUCCAGGUGGUCAGCUGGUAAAUACAGAAGGACCACAGCAACCCUCUCAGGUUCCACAUUUUAAUCAACUAAUGGCUGGCAUGGGUGGACUUAGCUUGCAGCAGGGUCAACAAUCAGAGGCAGCACGACCAAUAAAUCUCCUGCAGGAGAGAAACAUUCUGCCUUCAACUCCAGUCAAAGCCCCGCAUGCAAAUCUACACAAGGAACUGCAGAAACUAAACUGCAAUCCAGAUGUGUUCCGGUGUACGUUAACCAACAUCCCUCAAACUCAGUCUUUAUUGAGCAAAGCUAAGCUUCCUUUAGGAUUACAGCUGCAUCCAUUCAGAGACCUGUCACAAUUGCCUGUGGUUACAUCGAGUACCAUUGUGAGAUGUCGUUCUUGCAGAACUUAUAUAAAUCCUUUUGUCAAUUUUCUGGACCAAAGAAGAUGGAAAUGUAACUUGUGCUAUCGAGUUAAUGAUGUUCCUGAAGAAUUCAUGUACAACCCUGUGACUCGGUCCUAUGGAGAGCCACACAAGCGACCUGAAGUUCAGAGUGCUACUAUAGAAUUUAUUGCUCCUUCAGAGUACAUGCUGCGACCACCACAGCCUGCAGUUUAUCUUUACAUCUUGGAUGUGUCCCAUAACGCCAUAGAGUCUGGAUACUUAAAUGCUGUCUGCCAGUCGCUGUUGGAUAAUUUGGAAGCGUUACCUGGUGAUUCUCGUACAAGGAUAGGUUUUAUUACCUUUGAUAGCACCAUUCAUUUCUACAGUCUUCAGGAAGGUCUGUCUCAGCCUCAGAUGAUGGUGGUUUCAGAUAUAGAAGAUAUUUUCAUACCAACUCCAGACAACUUGUUGGUUAAUUUGAAUGAAAGCAAAGAGUUAAUUCAAGACUUGCUGAGAACUCUGCCACAAAUGUUUCACAAUACGUUGGAGACUCAGAGUGCCCUAGGUCCUGCAUUACAGGCUGCGUUCAAGUUGAUGUCUCCCACUGGUGGUCGUGCGUCUGUCUUCCAAACACAGUUACCUUCAUUAGGCGUAGGUGCUUUAAAGUCGAGGGAGGAUCCCAACCAGAGAUCCAGCUUAAAGGAUGUUCAGCACCUUUCUCCAGCCAUUGAUUUCUACAAGAAGCUUGCCCUGGACUGUUCAGGACAGCAGAUAGCAGUGGACCUCUUCAUGUUGAAUGGUCAAUACUCUGAUUUAGCAUCACUAACUUGCAUUUCAAAGUACUCGGCUGGUUGCAUUUACUCUUAUCCAUCCUAUCAUCACAAACACAAUCCUGUCCUGGUGGAGAAGUUUGAGAAAGACCUGAAGCGUUACUUGAUUCGAAAGAUUGGUUUUGAAGCUGUCAUGAGGAUACGAUGCACUAAAGGUCUCGCCAUCCAUACUUUCCAUGGGAACUUCUUUGUGCGUUCUACAGACUUGCUGUCCUUGCCGAAUAUAAAUCCUGAUGCAGGGUUUGCAGUGCAGAUGUCAAUAGAGGAGAAUCUGGUAGAUGUGCAGCUAGUCUCAUUUCAAGCUGCCCUAUUGUAUACUUCAAGUAAAGGUGAACGUCGUAUUCGUGUUCAUACCAUGUGUCUACCUGUUGUGAACUCUUUGUCAGACAUUUACGCAGGAGCUGAUGUUCAGGCUGUAACAUGCCUGCUGGCCAGCAUGGCUGUGGAUCGAUCAAUUUCAUCAAGUUUGAGUGACGCAAGAGAUGCUCUGGUUAAUGCUGUGAUUGAUUCGCUUUCUACUUAUCGUACUUCAGUUUUAAGCCAACAGCAGCAGCAACAGCCAGGUGUAAUGACUCCCUCUUCAUUGCGGUUGUUUCCCCUCUAUGUGCUAGCCCUACUGAAACAGAAAGCUUUCAGAACUGGAACUAGUACAAGACUAGAUGACCGAGUGUUUUCCAUGUGUGAAGUUAAAUACCAGCCUGUGUCUUACCUCAUGCUUAUGAUUCAUCCAAAUCUGUAUAGGAUCGACAAUCUGUCAGAUGAGGGAUCCAUUAACAUUAAUGAUAAAACCAUACCUCAGCCACCAAUUCUCCAGCUGUCAGUAGAGAAACUAAGCAGGGAUGGUGCCUUCUUAAUGGAUGCUGGCACUGCUUUCUAUCUUUGGCUUGGAAAGAAAUGUUGUCCAAACUUUGUGAGCAAAGUUCUUGGUGCUUCCAGUUACCCUUCCAUACCACAAAACAUGAUACAGCUUCCAGAGCUGGACACUGCUGAAUCUGAGCGAACUAGAGCUUUCAUCUCCUGGUUGCGAGAGCAAAGACCAUUUUUUCCUAUACUCCAUGUAAUUAAGGAUGAAAGUCCUCUUAAAGCCAGCUUCCUACAGAACAUGGUUGAAGAUCGGACAGAGUCAGCAUUGUCUUAUUAUGAGUUCCUACUUCAUGUACAACAGCAAGUGAACAAAUGAUCCACAAAAGAAAUGCAAGCUUCUGCUGGGUGGAGACAGCUCAUGUUGGUACAAGGGUACCAGUAUUUAUAAAUGCUUAAUAAAAUAAUUAAAUAUUGGUAUCCUUGUAAAUCAAGCAUAUUCUAGCUUUCAUUGAGCCAAUCUCAAUUUCCACACAGUAUGGAAACUUUUAAUAGGUUGGAUGAGAAAAGCAUUAUAAAUAGAAUGAAGCCAUUUUAUGUUAAAUCUAGCUGCGUACAGUUGUGAAAACCUAGGUGUACCAGUUCUGUUCAUGAGAUUUUUGGGUUUCUACUUUUGGGAGUGUGGGCUUUUUUAAAUGUCACACACGGAUGUAAGCAUGGUUCAAAUAUUCUGUAGUAAAAGCUGUGGAAACUAGAGGAAAUCAUUACUGUCUAAUUUGGUGUAAACUUUUGAUUUCAAAUCGAGCAAUGGUUCAAUGUCUGCUCCUCUUCCCCGCCCUCCAAAGAACAGACAGUACUACAAGAAAUGCUUGUGAAGGACACACCAUGUAACAGUGACAUUUUAUCACUAUUUCUGUACAUGUGGUCUUUACACCUGGCAAUUUAGGAUGACAGGGCAGACUUGAAGUCAUUGUUUGUAAUAUUAUAUGCUGAUGGAGCUGUUUAUAGAUUCUGGUCUUGUCAUCUGUAAUUGCUUCUCCUGUAUCAUUGUGCCUGGUCUUGAAUCAGCUAAAUAUGACCAUGUUCAAUGUAACAUUAUCAUAAAUUUGCUAUAUUUUUCUAGUUUCUCCUUUUUUUACUAGGAAAAUACAGAUUUAUGCAAAAGUGACUUAUUUAUGUAAUUCACAACAUAUGGUAAAGUGUGAUUUAUAUUGUUGUUGCUGUAUUGCUAAUAUUACCACAUCUUUGUGCUUGGAGUAUCAUGUGCAUCACCUUUUUAAAUUUGUCUUGAUAUUUAAGUUUGAAUGAUUCUAAUAUGCUAAUAGGCAAAGUCUGUAACAUUGCCUGCCAUGUCUGGUAUUUCUACUUGAAGAGACAAAAACUUUUGAAAUCAUUGGGACAUAUGUAUUUUACAGACAUGCUUUUUAAUACAAAAUUGUUUAAAUUAGUGAACAAGUUGAUGCUGCAAAACCUGCUGUAACAGUAUCUGGGACCACAAAUAUUCAUUUGAAAGUCCAUACACUAUGAAAUGUAAUCUGUAAAUAGUAAAUUGCAUUUUGUAAAGUAGUGUAUAAAAUUGUAACAAAUUAAAUCCUAAUUCUCUUAAAAGUUUCUAAUACUGAGGCCUUGAAUAUUGAUGUGCUGUGCAAUUCCUUAGCUUUUUUGGGGGUGUGCGAAUGGGGCUAUAUUUCUAGCAUGUGAUUAUAAAAUAACAUUGCACUCAGCAGUAUUGUAGCUACUGUGUUGAAAUGAAUGAAAAGAAGACUGUUUGUGAUGGUCACUGUACCUCAAUUUGUUUUUCUUUGUGGGAAUAAUUUGCAAUUGGAAACCAUCUAUAAACUAAAUGUCUUAAUGUAUGGCUGAAUUUGGCAGUACAGAAAAUGACUGUUUGAAUGACAAAUUGAAUAAGAAAACACUGUUUGGAGUGUAGCUGUUUCUGUAUUUGAAAUGGCUCAAAACAAAAGGUUCAAUUGCAUUUCUCAUUUGCCUAUUUAAUACUGUUUUCUGACUCUGUUUUCCAAAUAAAUACUUAUUCAGAUUGGAGUUAAAUAUCCCAGCUGAUGG